AUGGCCUCCACCACCGCCGCCGCCAAAGCUUCCGUGACUAGUUACACUAUAGCUAUCUACUCCAGAAUAACUGUCGGAGCCUCCGCCGUGUCCGCCGCCGAAACCUCCUCCGCCACCUCCUCCGAGAUGGUCAUCGUGUCCACCGCCACCAUAACCACCGCCUCCCCCACCGUGGCCGCCUCCGAAACCGCCGCCAAAUCCUCCUCCACCACCACCGUGGUGAUCGUCAUGUCCACCACCAAAUCCGCCUCCAAAACCUCCUCCUCCAUAGCCGCCACCACCUCCGUGGUGAUCAUCGUGACCACCGCCGCCGCCGCCGCCGCCGCCGCCGUGUCCUCCUCCAUAACCACCGCCUCCGCCACCGUGGCCGCCUCCAAAACCACCGCCAAAGCCGCCACCUCCUCCGCCAUGUCCAAAUCCUCCGCCAAAUCCUCCUCCGCCACCAUGAUGAUCAUCGUGGCCACCGCCGCCACCUCCGUAACCACCUCCACCAUGGCCUCCUCCAAAUCCACCGCCGAAUCCGCCAUGGCCGCCGCCCCCACCACCACCAUCAUGUUGUUCUAUGAUUAUAGUGGGUCCGCCGCCACCACCUCCGUGUCCUCCUCCGCCGCCAUGGCCUCCUCCAUAACCGCCGCCGCCAAAGCCACCUCCAAAAUCGCCGUGGCCACCACCACCGCCUCCAUGACCCCCGCCGCCAAAGCCACCGCCAAAAUCACCGUGGCCACCUCCACCACCGCCACCAUGGUCAUGAAUGAUUACUUCUUUGUGGUGUUCUUCUUUAUGAACUGGUUCCUUUAUAUGCACUCGUAUGUGGACACUGUAAAUGAUUAA